UUGCCAGACCCAGGAGCUGCGAUCGUGAGGCAUGGAGAUCCAGAAGACACAACCACAAAAUUAGCAUCCUUCUGGGGAAGCCCCAGUAGGAAAAGGAGAGGGACUCUCUGCCGGGAUGGAAGUGUGUCCUUACUGUAAGAAGCCAUUUAAACGAUUAAAAUCCCACUUGCCGCACUGUAAGAUGCUAAGGCCCUCUGUACCUGUUGAUGGCAAAGCUCCUCAGUCCAAGUUAGCUACACGCCCACACACAACAGAGAGGAAAAAGCCGGUCACAGAUUUAAAUAACACCAAAGGGAGAGAGUCAGAGACCAAUAGUAAGAAAAGAAAUUCCAAGUUGGUAAAGGACAAAGCAGAAUGGACGACGAAGUCUUUUCCGCCAUGGGCUGUUGGUUUGGAAAGAAGUAACACAAAGGCAGAUGAAGACGUCCAGAAUCGAGUUCAGUGCUCCCUCAGCAUGCUAACGGGUACUGAACCAAAGCCUGCUUUCCAGGGAAAAACCAAGGCUCGGUUUUAUGCAUCAGAAAACACCACUCCUAAAAAAGAACUUGCCAGAGAUUUGCCUCCAUCAGGGGAAAGAAGAAGUAAGCUUUCAGAGACCAAAGCAUCUUUACCUCGUGGCCUGGUAGAACCUUCGUCAAAUCAAGAUAGAACAUGUUCCUCAGCCUUACCUGAUGAUGUACAGACCGCUUUUCCCAAUUUAAGAUUGGACAGAAUUGAUCCCUCAAGACAGAAGCCUCUAGUAAAGUUACUAGAUAGGGCUGAUGGUGAUUAUCAUAGUUCUCCCGUGCAUCUCCAUUAUGGGGUUGAAAGGGUAAGGUCGUCCUUGUCAAGCAGUGAGAUAGAGGCCAAGGUCAGGGACCCCCUCUCAGAAGUCCCUAGUGAUGGUAGAGACCCUGAGAUUCAAGUAAAGGGCAGGGAAUCCCAUUUUUUAGAUUUUAAAGUCGGCCCGUUAGGUGAAAUCCACGUCAGGGAGAGCCAAGGAGAAGGACUUGACCUUGGAGCCGAGGCACGUGGGAGCACAGGAAACGCAGGGAAAAGUGCACCCGUGACGGACACGCAGGAUUGGGCUUCUGUGAGCAGUGACGCAAAGGAUUUCAGUGGGGACGAUUUGGCCACAGAGAGGAAACGUCAAGACGAAGGUCCUGGUUUCGGUCUGUUCACUCCAAGGGGGACGACUUGCAGUGAGCUGCUUUCUGUCUCACCGUUGCAUAAUCAAAACCCGGCCUCUCUGACUGUCCAGCUUGUUCAAGAAGAGAAAGCAUUAGCCUGCAGGGCUCCCCCAGCCCCUCUGUGGCACGGCCCCUGCUGCGGGCCCCAGGCCACGUGGCCCGGCCACCAGCAACCUUUGCCUUUGGUUCUGCGUCACGCCUCUGACGGUCCCUUCAGCCAGGUGGGCGAUGCUGGCAGGAAGGGCCUCUCGGGCUCCCUCGGGCUGGAGUGGUUUCCAGAGCUCUAUCCUGGUUAUCUUGGCCUGGGUGUGCUGCCGGGGAGGCCCCCGUUUUGGAAUGCCGUGGCCCAGAAGCCUCCGUUCCUCAGUCCCCAGGGGGAGAGACUCUCACAAGUUCCUUUGUUGGAAAGAAGCUGGCCUGCUCUCAGGAGUUGGGGACCCCCGACCAGACUUCCAGCCUCCAGCUUUACUCUGAUGAGGCUCUUGGGAGCAGUCCGGAAAGGCUGGGUCAGGUGCCGUACCACCGUGCGGAGUGGCGUUGGGGGCGUCACCAUGCUCUUCGCAGGGUACUUCGUCCUUUGGUGCAGCUGGAGUUUCAGACAUCUGAAGCUGCAGCGCUGGCGGAAGUAGUGGCCUGGACACCGAGUGAGAGCACUCCAGGACGUGGGGAGCGCAGCCGAGACCACUGCGGUGCAGAUCGGACAGUUUAGAAUGGUAUUUGGGGCAGGGAGAGGGCGUGAGAAGAAUAAAAUUAUUGGAACCGAACACCGUGAUGUUAGGAAGUCCGUCCGCCCCUUUCCCUUGGACAGGCCCGGGUCUGUGUGGACAGGUCUUGGGCUGGCUCUCCGGAGAGACAGUGCUCCUGAGAAGCCUUCGGUUUGUCUGCUCCUGAAGGCCGAAGAUGUUGAGGGAGGCAGGAAGGUGACAAAGGUCAUCAGUAAAAUUUUUUUAAAGCGUUAAUUUGCAGUGAGUAAUACCUCACUUUUAAAUCUCUCUCCCUAAAAGUAUUCGCUAAGCUUUGGCAUUUUAUUAGUCAUCUGUAUGAGAUGCCAGGCUUCACGCCCCCUGGUACAGAUUAGUGUCUGAAGUGGCAGGAAAUCUGCCUCCAUCCGGCCCUUUGGGGUCAUUGACACCUUGGCAGGUGUGAGAGCCAUAAAAACAAAACAAGGGUGGAGACAGAGUUGCAGGUGAGUCUGUGGGAAAUCCUUAACAAAUAGUUUUAAACCAAUUAAAAUGAGAUUGCACACUGAACAGAAUAUUAAAGUGCCUUUUAUACAUCUUGAGUGUAAUAGCAAA